GUUUCUUUUAUAGGAAGCCUUGAUCCGGUACAAAAUUUCUAGGUUAUAAUUUUCUUGAUUGUGUUUGUGUGUGUUUUUUUAGUUUAGUGUUUGCAUAGAAAUGAAAGAAUAAACAAAAUAGAGAUUUUCAUUGAUUAAUUUCAAUGGAAAAAUAAAUAUUGGUUUUGUUUUUCAACCAAAAUCUAUAUGAAAAUGAGGGUAAAGGAACUGCAUCCAUUGUGUUGCAUAACAUUGGAAAAUACAGGAGGAAUGGAAAGAGGAGGUGGAGAAGGAGAUGACAAUGAAUCACCAGAUAAUAACAAUGAUAUUAGUACUAGUAGUUCUAGAAGCCGUAGCAGAAGAAGAAGCAAAAGAAACUUAUUAGUAGAUUCAUCAACAACAUCACCAACAACAUCAACAUCAGUAGUAGUAUCGUCGUCCUCCGGUGGAUCUGAAGACAAUGUGAGAUCUGUGUUGGGCAAUAAUGUGGCCGGAGUUUUAUAUAAAUGGACGAAUUUUGGUAAAGGAUGGAGAUGUCGUUGGUUUAUGUUAAGAAAUGGAGUUUUAUCUUAUUCCAAGAUUCCUAGAUCAGAGAUUAAUCUAACUAAUCUACUUCCUUUGACAUCAACAACAACAGCUUCUUCUUCAUCUUCAGAUCAUCAUCAUCAUAAUAGUAGUAAUAAUCAUGAUAUCCGAGUUAUUGGAGAUCUUUCUUCCGCUAGAUUAUCACGUCUCGACAGUGGUGGUGGAAGUGGAAGCGGGAGAUCUCGUAAACAACAAAAUAAAACUGUUGGUUUUGUCCAUUUACAGAUCUCAUCGUUUCGUGUGAGCAAAUCCGACGAUAGGAAAUUCUACAUAUUUACAGCAACAAAAACGCUUUAUUUGAGAACAGAUUCAAAGAAGGAUCGGGUGGCUUGGAUUAAUGCUUUAGCCUCUUCUAGAAGCUUAUUUAAUUCAAGACCGUUGAACGAUGAUAAACUUUCUCGCAUCAGGAAGGAUAUGUCAAUAUCAACUGUAAAGCUUAGAGAUCGGUUGCUCCAAGAUGGAAUCAAUGAAGUUCUCGUCAAUGACUGUGAACAGAUCAUGCUGUCUGAGUUUUCAGAAUUACAAGGACAAUUAAGAGUUCUUUGUGACGAACGAACCAAUUUGCUUGACACAUUAAGGCAGUUAGAGGCAGCUAAUAUUGAAGUCGAAGCUAGUGGAAUACAUGACAGCCAUUACCAAUUGGCUAAACAUGGAUUUACCGGCUCAGGACAUGGAAAAUCUAGUGAGUGCAGCACAACCGAGUCAUCCGAUGAUAUUGAAAAGCAAGUGCUUGAGGAAGCUUCAGAUGAAGACGAGACUUCAUUUUUUGACACAAGAGACUCUUUUGGUGACUCUAGCAUUAUUUGUGUUGAAGCAAGAGUGAAACCUGAAAAUCAUUUUGACAUUGUAGAAAAGAUGCACACUGGAACAGAUUCUAAUAAAAAUCAGUACCCGCUUAUCGAAAGGCGGGAUAAACUUCCAUUUCCUAUUGAGAAGGAGAAAGCUGUGAGCCUCUGGUCAAUAAUCAAAGACAACGUAGGAAAGGAUCUUACACGAGUAUGCCUCCCUGUUUACUUCAAUGAGCCUAUAUCAUCUCUCCAGAAAUGCUUUGAGGAUUUGGAGUAUUCAUAUCUUUUGGAUCGAGCCUAUGAACACGGAAAAAAUGGAAACAGCCUUCUGAGAAUAGUCAAUGUAGCUGCCUUUGCGGUGUCUGGAUAUGCUUCGUCUGAAGGUCGACAUUGUAAACCUUUCAAUCCUUUGUUGGGGGAAACUUAUGAAGCUGACUACCCUGAGAAAGGUGUACGUUUCUUCUCCGAGAAGGUGAGUCAUCAUCCCACACUCAUUGCCUGCCACUGUGAAGGUAGAGGUUGGAAGUUCUGGGGUGACAGCAACCUAAGGACCAAAUUUUGGGGGCGCUCCAUUCAACUUGACCCCGUAGGGGUUCUGACCUUGGAGUUUGAUGAUGGCGAGAUCUUUCAGUGGAGCAAGGUUACAACUAGCAUUUAUAAUCUUAUCCUCGGUAAAGUAUACUGCGAUCACCAUGGAACAAUGGAGAUUCGAGGCAACCGUGAACUUUCUUGUAAACUUAAGUUCAAAGAGCAAUCCUUGCUUGACCGUAAUCCACAUCAGGUACAAGGUUCUGUAGAAGAUACCAAUGGAAAUAAACUUGCCACUUUGUUUGGGAAGUGGGAUGACAGCAUGUAUUACCUCAAUGCAGACGAUGCUGCAAAGACCAAGUGUGUGAAUACGUCACCUAAUGCCAAAUUGUUGUGGAAAAGCAAUAAGCCUCUUAAUCAUACACGGUACAACUUAACGUCUUUUGCAAUUACACUGAACGAGCUAACACCAGGCCUCCAGAUUAAGGAGAAACUCCCACCAACUGAUUCAAGACUUAGACCUGAUCAGAGGCAUUUAGAGAACGGAGAAUAUGAGAAAGCAAACGCUGAGAAGCUGCGGUUAGAAACGAGGCAGAGGAUGUCAAGGAAAUUGCAAGAGAACGGAUGGAAGCCAAGAUGGUUUGAGAAGGAAAGUGAGGGUGGACCUUUUCGAUAUGUAGGAGGGUACUGGGAAGCAAGAGAGCAAAGUAAAUGGGAUGGGUGUGCUGAUAUAUUUACUGACUUUACAGAACCAUGCCAAGAGGAGUCUUCCUUAUAGCAGAGGUGAAUAUUUUGUUAAUCAAUUUUAUGUACAACCGGCCUUGGAUCUGAGGUGAAGCCAUCAGAGGCUUAAUCCUCGAUACUCGGACCCAAGGGGAAAAACAAAAGGCCAAUUGUAACACGGAUUAUAUGAUUAAAAGAAAUAUUUAGUGAUUUUAUUCUAAAAUAAAUGAAAAGAAAAUAUACUUUA